AUGAAUGAAUGGUUGAGGGUGAAUAAGUAUGAGUUGAGUGUUAGUGAACAAAUGGGCCUGGGAGAUCGACAGUUAGUGUUGGUUGAGUGUGGAAGAAAGCGGAAGAAUGUAGAGGAAGGGAAUGGAAGGAAGAAGGGUGAACGGCAUGAUAAGGGUGUUAGUGUUGGGGUGCAAACGGUUGAUAAAGCUUGUAGUGCAGAUGACUUUGAGGGAGUGAAUGAAACUUAUAGUAUAUGUAGGUUUGAGUUAACAGGGAAAAAUAGUAUCUUGAGACUUGACUCCAGUAAUGACGACGAUGAUAAUGACAAUGAUGACAAUGACGACGACGACGAUGACAGACCUGUGCAGUUCGAUGAAUGUGAUGAUGAAUGA